AUGGCAGCGAACAGCGUUGAGGAGCUGUUGGCUAAAGCUGAGCAAGACGAAGCGGAAAAACUCAAAAGCAUCACCGUUCAGAAGGAUUUGGAUCUGGAAUAUGAUCUAGGGAACCUGCUGGCAAUUGACUCGAACCGCGUCGAACUCCGUCAGCAAAACAGAGAUGAGUUUUUGAAAGCCUUGGCACGGGAUAACACGCAGCUGCUAAUAAAUGAGAUAUGGAAACUUCCCACAGAAAGGGUGGAAGAGGCGAUUGUAGCUAAACUUCCAGAUCCGGCGACUUCUUUACCGCGAGAAAAGCCUCCACCGAAGGCAAAACCACCGACCAAAUGGGAGCAGUUCGCCCAGCUGAAGGGAAUACAGAAGAAAAAGAAGACUAAUCUUGUUUGGGACGAGAAGUCUAAGGAAUGGAAGAGGCGAUGGGGCUAUAAACGAGCCAACGAUGACACUAAAGACUGGAUGAUCGAGGUGCCAGACCGGGCUGACCCCAACGAGGACCAGUUUGCGAAACGUGUUAAGGCCAAAAAGGAGCGUGUGGCCAAAAACGAAUUGAACAGGCUGAGAAACAUCGCCAGAUCCCAAAAUAUCCAGAUCCCCACGUCUGGACUGAUCCCCAAAGCCCGUCAGUCCAAAGACGAACUGUCCCUCGCUGCAAGUGUGGCCAAAACAUCCACAGCCUCCGCGGGCAGGUUCCAGGACCGGCUGCCCAAGGAGAAGCCCUCCAAGAGGAAAGGGCAGAAGAGGAAGUUUGAGCCUGUUAUUGGGGACUUUUCACACGAGAGACAGAAACAGCUGGAUCUCCUUCAAGUUAUGGGCAACAAGAAGCCCAAGAUGGAUGUGGGUAGAGCUGUGAGUAAGCAGAUUAAAGAGGAGGACAGAGAAGCUGCUGCUGAAAAGUAUAAAAGAGGGCCUGGGAAGAAGGGCCGUAGAGGAAACAUGCCUGGAAAGGGCAGAGGACCAGGGGGCAAGGGGGGCAAAGGGGGCAAAAGUGGUGGCAAGGGGAAAAUGGGUAAAGGUGGAGGAGGAGGUGGUGGCGGCAAGAGGAAAGGAAAACCUGGAAAGAAGUAA